UGUACAGGAAGGAGAGUUAGUGCCUGGUUGGCUGGCUUUUUAUAAAGGAAGAUAGAGAUGGGAGUGAGCUGGACAGAUACUGGUCCCUUCAUUUUCUCUCUGGCAGGUGCAGUGUCUUCUUCAGCAGAGAAGUCCUGCAGGAGGGAAGGCAGCUGCUGGAAGACUCAUUCCUCCAAAGCCAAGUCAGUGACACCAUGCACAGCCUGGCAUUGUGUUGCCUUCACUGCAACUCCCCAUUUCCCUACCUGUCAUCACUCCAGGCUUGUCCCUUCAAACACAUCCUUGGUUUUCCAAUCCCUGUCUAAGCCUCUGUGUUCAAGAAGAUCCAGGCUAAGACAGUGAAUUUCAUGUCCACCCGGGCAAGGACUAUAAUAGCCAACAACUAGCUGCCGAGGGGCCAAGGGAUGAGCUGGGGCCCUCCUUUCCAAUGGCAUCGCCCCCUGGCCUGGAACUGAAGACAUUGAGCAAUGGCCCCCAGGUGCCAAGGAGACCAGCUGCCCUGGGCCCAGGUGCCCCGCCCAGGGAAGGCGUGGAGAAUGUCUGCUUUUUUGCGGAGGAGGAGCAUGAGACCUGCUUCCAAAACACCACAGAAGCCAGACUGGGCCACUUGCCCAGUCCCCAAGGGGAUGUCCCUUCACGGUCCCGAUCCCAGCAGGACGAUCUGUCUACACACUCGGAGGAGGGCCUGGGUCUGGAGCCUGUGAGCCGCCCUGUAGAUUAUGGCUUCGUUUCUGCCCUGGUUUUCCUGGUGAGCGGGAUUCUCCUGGUGGUGACAGCCUAUGCCAUCCCCCGUGAGGCCCGUGUCAACCCGGACACUGUAACGGCUAGGGAGAUGGAGCGACUGGAGAUGUAUUAUGCCCGCCUGGGGUCCCAUCUGGACAAGUGCAUCAUUGCGGGCCUGGGGCUGCUCACAGUGGGUGGCAUGCUCCUGUCUGUGCUGCUGCUGGUCUCUUUGUGCAAGGGCCAGCUCUACCACCGGCCCACCUUUGUCCCUGGCAGUGGCUGCCGCAAGACCUAUGGCUCCAUCAACCUGCGCAUGAGACAGCUCAGUGGGGAUGGGGUCCAGGCUCUGGUGGAGAAUGAAGUUGCCCAGGUCACAGAGCCCAGCCAUACUCUUCAAGGGUCUUAAGUGGGAGCCCAAAGCACUCAUCUGGCUGCUUCUGUUCUGGGGCAACACGGCCCCCAAAGCCUGGGACAGUCUCAACCAAUUCUCCACCUCAUCCCAACCUGUGGGAGAAGUCUGGUGGUGGGUGGAAGGGAAGCCCCAGGGGCCUGUCCCAG